GUCACUCGCUCUUUAAUUAUAUUAAACACUCAAGCAUGGAAUGUGCUCUUUUUGUUCCAUGCGUAUUCUUUUUAUGUGUUAUAAUGCUCAGUGUAUAAAUGUGAUCUUGUUAUUUGUCUGUACAGCCACUUGCAAAUCUCAAGUGGAUGAAUUUGAGAUCCUCUCAUUAUUUGAAUGAGCUUCCUGAUCUCUCGACUGCAACAAAUCUCCAAGAAUUAUAUCUUAAUGGUUGCAUAAGUCUCGUGGAGCUCCCUUACUCUAUUGGGAAUGCCAUUUAUCUCAAAAUAUUAGAGCUCAGUGGAUGUUCAAGUUUGGUGGAGCUCCCUUUUUCUAUUGGGAAUGCAAUUAAUCUCCAAGACUUAUAUCUAAGUAAUUUUUCAAGUCUCGUGGAACUCCCUUCCUCUAUCGAAAAUGCAACUACUUUAAGAAAGUUGGAUCUCAGUGGAUGUUCAAGUUUGGUUGAACUCCCUUCUUCUCUUGGGAGUGCAAUUAAUCUCCAAGACUUAUAUCUCAUUAAUUGUUCAAGUCUGGUGAAGCUACCUUCUUCUAUUAGAAAUGCAGCUAAUCACAAAAUAUUGGAUCUCAGUGGAUGUUCAAGUCUGGUAGAGCUCCCUUCCUCUAUCGGAAAUGCAACUAAUCUCCAAACAUUAAAUCUUAGUAAUUGUUGCCGUUUGGUAGAGCUCCCUUCCUCUAUCGGAAAUGCAACUAAUCUCCAAACAUUGAAUCUCAGUGGAUGUUCAAGUUUGGUGGAGCUCCCUUCCUCUAUCGGAAAUGCAACUAAUCUCCAAACAUUGAAUCUCAGAAAUUGUUUAAGUUUGGUAGAGCUCCCUUCCUCUAUCGGAAAGGCAACUAAUCUCCAAACAUUGAAUCUCAGUGAUUGUCACCGUUUGGUAGAGCUACCUACCUCUAUCGGAAAUGCAACUAAUCUCCAAACAUUGAAUCUCAGAGAUUGUUUAAGUUUGGCACAGCUCCCUUCCUCUAUUGGAAAGGCAACUCAUCUCCAAUCAUUGAAUCUCAGUUAUUGUACAAGUCUGGUGGAGCUCCCUUCCUUAAUUGGAAAUGCUACUAGUUUCCAAAAAUUGAAUCUCAGUUAUUGUACAAGUCUAGUGAGGCUCCCUUCCUCUAUCGGAAAUGUUUCUAAUCUCCAAACAUUGAAUCUCAGGGAUUGUAAAAGUCUUGUGGAGCUUCCUUCUUCUAUUGGAAAUUUAACUAAAUUAGAUUUAGAUAUCCGAGGAUGCUCAAGUUUGGUGGAGCUGCCUUCCUCUAUUGGGAAUUUCAUAAUGAAUCAAGAUGGUGGGAAUAUCUACUCUUUCAAUACAUGCACAAGUUUGUUGCAAAUCCCUUCCUCUAUUGGGAAUGCCAUUAAGCUUGAAAGUUUGAAUUUUUAUGGCUGCUCAAGUCUUGUGGAUGUCCCGGCCUCUAUUGGAAACCUAAUUAAUCUCGACGUGUUGGUUUUUAGUGAAUGCUCAAGUCUUGUGGAAGUCCCGACAUGUAUUGGAAAUCUAAUUAAUCUCACUUAUUUGGAUUUUAAUGGAUGCUCAAGUCUUGUGGCUAUCCCGGCCUCUAUUGGAAACCUUCAUAAACUGAGGAUGUUGGCGAUGAAAGGAUGCUCCAAGUUAGAGAUUCUUCCGGGCAACGUCAACUUGAAAUCUCUCGAUAGACUUGUUCUUAGUGGCUGCUCGUCGUUAAGAUGUUUUCCUGAGAUCUCCACAAACAUCAGAGAACUCUAUCUCAGUGGAACUGCGAUAGAAGUGGUGCCUUCAUUUAUCUGGUCAUGUUUGCGUCUUGAGACAUUAGAUAUGUCAUAUUGCAAAAACCUCAAGGAAUUCUUGCAUACUCCUGACAGCAUCACCGGGCAUGAUUCAAAAAGAAAAAAAGUUUCUCCAUUCGCAGAAAAUUGUGAGUCUUUAGAGAGACUAUAUUCCUCCUGCCACAAUCCAUAUAUCAGUCUCAACUUUGAUAAUUGCUUUAAACUAAAUCAAGAAGCAAGAGAUCUCAUCAUCCAGACAUCGACUCAACUUACGGUCUUACCCGGUGGAGAUAUACCUACCUACUUCACCUAUCGAGCUAGUGGAGGUUCUCUAGUAGUGAAGUUGAAGGAGAGGCCUUUCUGUUCAACCUUGAUAUUUAAGGUUUGCAUUAUUCUGGUUAGUAAGAAGAAUGGUUAA